UCUGGGCCGUCCAAUGUGCUUUGAUUAAAACGGCUCCGACUUGCUCUAUAAAUUCCAGCAGAAGACUGACUCCGUCAGUUGAUUGUCAGGAGAGAGAGAAAGUAAAGGAAAAAAUGGAGAUGGGUGAGAGAAAUAAUUAAUUUUAGGUUUUGGAUUUUCCCUUCAAUUUUGCAUUGAUUAAAAAUUUUCCUUCCCUCCCUUCCCUCCCCAAUCUCCUCCGUGUCGAAUUUUACUGGUUUUUUUUUAUCAGUGAAUUCAACGUGUAUUUUAUUUGCCCUUCAAAAAGCUUGGGUUUUUCGUUUUACUCCGGUGAGACGUUUGGUUUUGUUGAUUUUCCGGUGAAGCUUUUUUUCUCCAUUUCUUGCUUAGUCGGUAUAGCAGCUGAAAUUACCGUUUGAUCCUUUGUUGAUCCCGGAUUAUCCGGAUUUCCUCCAGACUGUCAUAUGUUUGAAUCAAAAUCAAAUCGCCGACUCUAAAAGUUUUGAGUUUUUAGGCGGUUGUUCAGUUCUGCAAAUCCCUUUUUUUUUUUUUUUAUCUGUUUGAAGUAGAAGUUGUAAAAUUUGGGACCCUUGUGGGCUUUUGUUUCGUUGGUGACUUUGGUUGGACAAUUUUGAAGUAAGAAAAAAGGGUCAUAAACUGUAGACUUAAAAAAAAAACAGUGGUAUAGGAAAAGGACCCAUUUGAUUGGAUACAUUUCUUUGGGUUUGAUUUUUUUUUUUUUUGAAGAAAAAUCUAUCGAGAAGAUAGUUGCUUGAGCUUUAUUUGCAAGCUUUUGACUUUAAUUAUGAUCAAAAAAUUAUUGAAUUCAAUUAAUAUCUUUACAAAUUUGGAUAUUGUUUUUUAGUUAUCAAACUCAAUGGAUCAUUUCCUAAUUUAGUGGUUAACUGCAAGAAAAAGUAACCAUUUUGAUUUACGUAAAAAAAAGGAUUUAUGGAGUUUUAAGGUUGCUAAAAAAAUGGCAGUUUCUUUUCCUGGUUUUCCAUGGUGGUUUUGGAGUGGUGGAAGUAAGGAGAAACAGCCUGUUUCAAAUGGGUCUUCUUUGAAUUCUCUGAAUUCUUCUUCUUCUGAUUGGGUGUCGGGGUUGAGAGAGUCUGAAACUGUCAAGUUCCAAACAAAAAUAGCCCCAGCGAAGGGAAAGGGAAAGUGGCAAGGUAGUGAAGAGAGGAGUGUAGUUGAUGAAGAAUGUGAUGUUGUGGUGGUUCCAUCAGAUGUUAUGCAUUUCUCUGGAUACGAAUCAGAUGGUCCAGAAUGGUCCAUUGGGUGGGAAGAACCCCACGGUCCUGGCUUUCAAGGUGAUGAUGAUGGUGGCUUUGCUGUGCUGGUUCCUUGUUAUAGACCUGGUUGCAAGGAACUUGUAGACGGUCCCAAUAACCAGCUCUUAAGUGCAAUCAAGAACUUCCCACAUGGGUUCUCUUCCGAGGGAAGCAACUCUGUGCAGCAGUGGUUUUCUUCUCUUCAGAACAUCUGAAGGGCUACAAGUGGCUGGCCGAGUGACUGUAGAUGAAGUGUCCUUACAUAUUUCAGUCGGGUGUACUAUUUAAGAAGUAAUCUUAUUAUAGUAUGAGAGAAUAAUGUAAAAAAAAGUGGCAGGUACUGGUAGAGAUGAGGAUCUGCAUCGGUUCUAGUAGAAUCAGAGGAUUAACAUCUAUGGAGAUUGGAGAUGCACAUUGGAUGUAUAUUUUCUGCUUCAAGAUGACACGGGAGAACACACAUGUUUCCAGGAUGUCACUCUGUUUUGGUAUUUGAUCCAUCCUGAUUACAUGCAGUUGAACUGAUCUGUGGAAACACUAAAAUAUGGUGGACAACUCUUUUUUGUUCUGUAAAUAGUAUUACUGUGAAUAUGCAAGAAAUGAUCUUUGCUUUCAUCUCACUGCUACUGUGAAUAAUUUUGAUCUUUCCCCGAGUAAUCUACCAUCUUAUCAAUUUUGUAUAUAUAUUUUUUCUCUACUGGGAGUAAAUUUCUUUUAUAUUGUGCUUCUUUCUUAUAUCCCAGCAGCUUGUGGUUGAUAAUAGCUAAAUUAAUGUUUCAACCUCCUCCCCAGUUGCAAGAAUUUGUCUCACUUAAAUCUCUGU